GAGUUGGUAAGGACGCCGCCCGCUCAUGGAAACGCCACACUUGGGUUGACCCGAUUGAUAGACUGGUUAUAUUCCAACAGGGUCUGAGACAUAAACACUGGCAGCAUCACCAUGUUCCUCAGGUCUCUCAUCUCCGGCUACAGGGCUGCAGCCACCGAUUUUGUAAGAAAUCGGGCAUUAUUACAGGUUACAGAUGGCAAUCCAAUACGAUGUAGUUUGGUUACCAGCACAAAAUUACAGUGCAAGGCCAGCGAGGAAGAGACGAUGGUUGAAGAACAUGAUCCGACCAAAGACCGUUCAAGAGUCAUUCCAUUGGAGACAAGCUUGAAGUACAUGAAGAGUGAAGCUUAUCAAACUACGUAUGGUUCUGAGCUGGUAUGGAAAAAGUAUCGUCGAAACUUUAAGGGUGGUCUUCCUCCACGAAAAACCAGGAAGACAUGUAUAGUAAGUUAUUUUUUUAUAGAGUAUAUCUUAGGAUAGUUGCAUUGAUAUACU